AUGAAUAAAACAGGUCCGACCUUCUCAUUCAGUAUCCGUUCAGUCUACGAUGACUGCAAGCUCCAGUGCCGCCUCUACCUCCCUGGUUGGGUCAGAAAUAUAGAAUCGGCACCGGCCUGGUCAAUCCGCGGUGCUAUUCUGGCCCACCCCUACACGGCACUUGGUGGUACCUACGACGACGAGGUGAUCAGUCUUCUCGGCGGUGAACUUCUACAGGAAGGCUACAUCGUGGGCACAUUCAACUUUCGCGGCGCGGCACCCUCUGAAGGCCGAUCCAGCUGGACUGGACGACCCGAACUCGGAGACUAUGCAGCAUUCUAUGGAUUCAUGCUACUAUACUUGCAUCGAGUCAAGGAUGGGCUACAUGGACUUCUCAGCGGCCAGGGUCGCCAGGAUCACACGCUUUCACCCACAGCAUCCGCAGACCGGAAUGUCCAUCUCAUUCUGGGGGGAUAUUCCUUCGGAUCACUGAUCGCGUCGCAUGCACCAACCCUUGAUGUCAUGAUAGACCUAUGCCGCACCGGAACAGGAAUUCCGGGUACACCGUUCUACGAGAUUGGGCGCAAAGCAAGAAAGAUCGCGGCGACUACGAUCCGGGACCUGGCGCCAGCAAACCCGGAGUUACAGUCUCACCCCGAGCACCCCGACCAGAUCGAGCUCAGUGUGGAGACAUGUAUUUCCUAUCUGCUCGUGUCACCUCUACGACCACCAGUGAGCAGUCUUCUGACUGGAUUUCGUGGCCUAUCGCUGAACGUGGGGGGAACAUCAGCUCCUCAGGCCCGGCCCGCUGGGCGUCCAGCCGACCAGCUGUGUGCUCACCGGACACUGGCGCUGUAUGGGGAUCGGGAUGAGUUCACCUCUGUGCGUAAACUGCGGAGUUGGUCAGCCGAGUUGGGCCGCAUGCCGCAGAGUCGUUUCCAGCGCGGCGAAAUCCAGGGUGCGGGGCAUUUUUGGCGAGAGCAAGGCGUGGAGUCGGAAGCGAGACGUGUUCUUCGUGAAUGGCUUCGGCCUGAUCUUUGA